GGUUGUAAACUCUGUAUAUACUUUUAUUAUUGGCAUUUUAUAUAGUUCCAUCCGAACAGAAGUGCUGUGCGCUAUUAAGUGUAAUCUACCAAUAAAUGAGACAAACUGUUGAAAGAUUUUACAAGAAUAUGUUGAGAAUCCCUGUUCAAACAACCGUUUAUUAAAAUGCAGCAGAUUGUGUGUAGUUUCUAUUGGCCGAGACUAAGCCUUUAUCAGUGGGCUGGGCCAUGCUCGUUGGGUUAAUAAUUGUUCAGUUUCUCCUGCCCGGUUGUUCUACGCUACAUCUCCUACUUGCAAGCACCAUGUUCCUUACAGCUGCUGUCCUCCUGUCCCUGCUUCACCCAGGCUUGGCACAGAAAUCGGAACCACUGAGCAGCCCUAAAUCAGAGCCACUCUUCCGUGGCUCUGAUCGAUACGACUUUGCUAUCCUUGUCCCACCAUCAGGCUCUGAGUGUUUCUGGCAUUUUGCGCAUCAGAAUGGAUUCUUCUACUUUGGAUUUGAGGUUCAGUGGUCAUCGGGACUCAUGCAAGAUCGCCAUGUCACUGCUACGGCCCACACACCGGACGGAUUCCUGAUUGAGACGUCUGAAAAUGUACGGGGGCAGAUAAAUUUCCAAACCAAGGAGACCGGUUUUUACCAGCUAUGUGUAAAUAACUGGCAGAAUCACUUCGGAUCGGUGCAGAUCUACCUGAACUUCGGCGUCUUCUAUGAUGGGCAAGGAGACGAACAUCCUCAGGAUCACAAGCGGAAGUUAAAUGAUACUUUGUCCUCUAUUGAGGAGAGCGCCCAGAUUGUACAAGGCCGUGUGCUCCACAUGUGGAGAUAUUAUAACUUUGCCAGGAUGAGAAAAGGCUCAGAUUACUAUAUCCUGAUGUCCAAUUAUCACUACGUGAACUGGUGGUCCGCUGCCACAAGUCUGCUCAUAGUGGCCUCAGGUGUUCUACAGCUCUACUUCCUGAAGCGUCUUUUCCACGUUAAGCCGACCACGGAUACCCAUAAGCCGAGAUGCUGAGUGGGAUGUGAGGGUCAUCGCACGGGAGUCUUCCUAAACCACUUCCAUUCCAAUUAACACAGGCUAAAACCACUAGGGAUAAACAUACGUUCUCAGAGUCUAACUGUUCUGUAAUUUAGAAUCUGAUUAUCUGUGCAUGUUACCAGCACCGUGUUUAUAUACACAUAAAUGUAGGUCUCGAUGGUGGAA